GAAGUUCCAAAACUUUUUUUUUUUCAGUUCAGAGAAAGAAUCCCGGAGACGUUCCGUUAGUUUUUCCAGAAGAACAGGAAAACCCGAGAAAUAUUCUCAGAAAAGGUGGACCUUUGCUAUCUCGGGCUCUCUCCUCACAUGACAUCCGAGGCUAAAAAGUGUGUCGGCUUCGGUCCUGAGUGGUUUGUUUCUUCCCAGCUUGAGAGGACUUCCACCAUCAGAGGCGAUGAGAUCUUCUACUUCUUCUCCAGUCUGCUGGUGGCCCUCUGCUGCCUGGAGCCAUGGAGCCUCGGCUCGCAGGCGGCGAGCUGCAGUCCUUGUCCGGCCAACUGCAGCUGCACGCCGGCGGGGCUCCAGCAGUCCUGCGUGGUCAACUGCUCCAACGUCGGCCUGGAGAGGGCCCCCGGAGCCGCGGACAUCCCGCUGACCACCAGUGUGCUAGAUCUUUCCAAGAACCACAUCUCCUCCCUGGAUACGACUCUGCUAGAUCGAUUCAUCGGCCUCCGAGAACUGUAUCUACAAGAAAACAGAAUCGUUGUUCUCCCCAGAGGAGUGUUCUGCUGUGGGCCGUUGUCAGUCCUUGAUUUGAGCAACAACUUCAUUACCAAGAUAGAAGAACGAAUAUGCGACAACCUGUGCAAUUUAACGCAAAUUGACCUAAGCAGUAACCCUUUUGAGUGUGACUGUAAGCUUUUCCGCUUGGUCAGCUGGCUCCAAGAGAAAGGAGUGCGAGUUCGCCGGCCUGAUGCUAUGCUGUGUAACCACCCUCCUGAGCUACGCCACCAACCCUUGCUCAACGUCAGCUUGCUCACCUGCGGUCUGAAUUAUGCCGCCUGUCUUGAGGACAGCAGCAGUGGAGGUGGAGGCCGGAGUGAGCUUGUUAUUUUCUCAUCCUCCACCCCGGGCAACUUCACGCGUGAACAGUGUAACAGCGUGUGUUUCGCUGCCUCUUACCGUUAUGGCGGUCUGGGGGCGAGGCACGAGUGCCUCUGCAGUACAAACUCUGAGCCCAACUUCAUCAGUGAAUCUCAGUGUUCUGCCGCAUGUACCAACCCAAGUGUCAUGAAGGAAUGUGGGUGGACUCUGGCUCAUGAUGUGUUUGCAGUUGACUUUAACGUCUUACUUAAGCCCCUCCCAUUGCAAAGUGUUCACGACAGUAUCAGUUUCUCAGUGUCAUCCUCCGUCACCCCUAUCAUGCUCUCCUGGGAAUUUGGCGACCUUUCACCUCGUGUCAACACCUCAACAACGGAUCUCUCGAAGGCUACACACAAAUAUGGACUUCCAGGACAGUAUGCAAUCAGUUUGAUAGCCUGGGCUGGACACAAGGAGGUGUCUGCACGUGGAGAAGUGACUGUGGCAUUUCCUCCCAAACUGGAACUGCACUGCCCAUCUCUUACCGUGGCCAAUAGCAGUCUGGAAGUCACACUUGUCAGCUGGGGGUCUCUUGGUCUGGAUGUAGACUGGACGAUCGUAAAAGAGGAUGUACAGAUCGCCAAAGCCUCCCCUUACUGUCCAAAAGAUGGGCUCUAUCACGCUGAGUCCUCAUGCUGUUUCCAGAUUGUUCCAGUGGAGAUGAGCUGGACCGAUGCUCACCAACAGUGUUUAGACCGCGGCGGGGAUCUGGCAAUAGUCAGAGGUGACGCGCUGCGAAACGUGCUGGCUCAUAAAGUCACACAGGAACGAGGAGUGUGGCUCGGCUUGAGUGACGUCAAAUCUCCUGGCAGGCUGCGCUGGGUCAACGGCUCUGAGGCCCAGAACGGGGAGGAAGGACUUGCGCCUCGUUCCUUGAUCUCCCGUGGAAACAUUUGCGUGUCCCUUGAUCAGCGUGCUCAGACAAGUUUGCAUCCAUGCAACACCAUGCGGGCGUUUGUCUGCCAAUACAGCCCUCAAGUUCGUGUUCCAGAUGCAGGCAUCUACAUGGUUGGUCUGGCAGUCUUUCCCUCACAUAAUUCUUUGCUUGUAGCGCCCCUCGCUCCAUUCUCUGCUGCACAAACAGCCCACACUGCUUUAGAGUUACUGCUGUUUGCGGCAUCGAGCUUUGUCACUGCGGGUCGCUUGUCUUCCUUGGAGUUUGUCACACAGGAGUUGAGCUCACAAAUCCAUGUUAAAUUCCAGAUCUACAGACCUCACUGUCCUUAUCCCGGCCUGCACCUGCUCCUGCCCAGUUGUGAAGGUCCACUUUGUGCUCCAGUGGCUCAUUGUAUCCCAAAUGAAACCAGGGUCGUUCAGCCUCCCCCUUGUCCCAAACUACAACAGUGGUGUCCUUUCCAACGACAAUGCUUGGCCCUCUCCAGUCCGUGUCAUUCAUCUUCCUGUCAGAACUGCACCCAAGCUCACCGUCUGCCACCUGGAGCUCUGAAACCACGAUACACUCUGCAAGAAGAGGUGGCCUUCACUUUGCCAUCGGGGCCUGCUGCAAACAUUCUGGUACAAGACCAGUUAGAAGAUCUUUUGGUUUCCCCUGGUGAUGUCAUUGCCCUGCAACAUGAUGCAGGCCCAGCCUCCCUUCUGCGCUGCCAGUCUGCCCCCAGUUCACUCUGGCGACAGUCUGUUUUGGUCCUCAACAAUUCUGAGCGAAUUUUGAUGAACUCAAGCAGACCAUCAGCUAGCCACGGUGUUGACCCACAGCCCCAUCUUGACCUGGAGGCACCACUUAAGACUGGUGAAGCAAGCUGGCUGGAGGAUGUGGUGUGCCCAGUAAGGGUGCUCUAUGUGGGGCACAGCAAGAUCCCGCUGCAGGGAGCAGAGCUUUCCGCCGGCCUUGCCCAGCCUGGACUCUACACUCUGCAGGUGACCUCUGCUGCACCAUUAUAUCCAGCCUCAGCAUCAUGCUUACUGCAUGUGGUGCCUCCAUUAGGCCUAACAAUUUUGCAUCCACCGCUCUGCAAUGGCAGCCUCUACCUGCAGCCCAACAAUACUCAGCUGCUGCUCCAUGUGCAGUCCCGAUACAUCACAAGAGCAGCUCAACGAGGAAGUAAUUACAGCGUGACCUUUCAGCCGGACUGUCCCUCAAAUUUUGCUUCCAGUCCCACACUCUGCAAGCAUGUAUCUCAUUCGGGGAUUGAGGUGGCAGAACCAAGUCUAUAUGCAGCACUGGAUCUAAACUUGCUGGCAGUGGAGCAGAAUGGUCCAAUACAGGUGGAGAUAGACGCUCAUAAUAAUGUAACAGAGUCCAACUUGACUGUGAUUGUUCACCUGGAAGAACCUUUAAGAGGACUCGUGGUCCAGCCUUUCCCAGCUCACAGAGUCCUCAUGGAGUCAGUUGUGAGCUACACAGCAUCAGUGCUUGAAGGCUCCAAUCCCACGUUCAAAUGGACAGUUGACGACAAGCCCUACUUCACGUAUUACAACACCGUCCUCAAUGUGAUCUACCAGCAUGCUGCAGUCUACAAGCUCACAGUGACGGCUAUGAACCACAUCAGCAGCCUCACAGAGCAUUUCAACGUCACCGUGGACCGUCUGCAGCCCAUGAGAAACCUCACAGUGAAGGGUGUUCCAGAUGUGGUCCCUCAGGGCUCUACUCAGACACUGACUGCAUCUGUGCUUGUAGACAUGGCUGUUAUGGCCACCUUUAGAUGGUCUUUUGGUGACGGGGGAUAUAAAGAGUUUGAAUUCAAGCCUCCCUACGCGCCAUCAUAUUUUUGCCAAGACUCGCCCAAUAAAGUCUUACUCAGCAACAACAUCACUUACAUCUACUCUCAGCCAGGAAUAUACACAGCACUCGUGUCAGUUUCCAAUCGUUAUGAGAACAUCAGUCAGAGCAUCAACAUGAGCGUCUACAGCAUCCUAACUCAUGUCGAUAUACAGACGGAACCACUACUUCUUCUCGCUGGUAAAUCAGCGGAUUUUGAAGCUCACCCUUUACCCUCACCCUACGGCAUUCACUACGACUGGAACUUUGGAGACGGUUCCUUUCAGUCCCAGGGUCGCCGUGUGGCACACACAUACGUACACAGUGGUGCAUUCAAUGUGUGCGUGUCCGUAAACAACUCCAUCAGCUACACCAAAGCCUGUGUUGAGAUUUUUGUAUUCGAUGAGAUUGAAGACUUAACAGCUGAAAGCUCCUCUCCAACAGAACUUAACAGUCCUAUUACAGUUAAAGCACACCUUGCUUCGGGUAACAACAUCACAUGGACAUUCUCUAUGGGUGAUGGGAGCAUCUACACGACAUCUGAACCCCACGUCUCUCACAGCUAUCCGAAAGAUGGCAACUACACAGUAAAUGUGACUGCUGCAAAUGCUGUAAGCUCUGGAUGGACACUCCUUACUGUGCAGGUCUAUGUCUUCCAAGUUGUCAGGAUGGAGCCUUCCGGAUGUGUUCAAGAAAGAACCCUGGUCAAUUUUAAUACAUGGGUGUCUGGCAAUGCAUCAUCCAAUCUUUAUAAAUGGAGCUUUGGAGAUGGAAGCCCUACUGAGACACACCUCGGAAAUCCGCGAGUGUCGCACACCUACAAGACAAGCGGGAACUACCACCUUUCUCUCAAUCUUUCCAGUGGGAUCAACAAGGCCAACUUCUUUCGAUGGGUGUGUGUGGAGCCAGUUUUAACCAGCAUCAACCUAACCCUCGAGAAAACACUUUAUGCUGUCGGUGAAGCGAUUCUCUUGCAGGUUAGAGCUGACCCUGAGUUUACUUACAACUAUCAGUGGAACUUUGGUGCAGAAGAGGAACCUGUGAUGAUCCAUGGCACUGGGAAUGUCGUGACAACAUAUUCAAAUCCAGGUCCUUACGUAGUGACAGUAACUGUCUCAAAUAACAUCUCCAUAAGUAAUUCUAGUGUUCGUGUUGAGGUUCAGAUGCCAAUCGGGCCCAUUGUUAUUCUUCAUAAUGGGACUAAGUACAAUAACUUGAUAAUUAGGGCACCAUAUUUUUUCAGAACCCCAAACUUGUCUUCUAAUGUCACUCACACCUGGAACUUUGGCAAUGGGAACUUGUUUACAGGUCACAGUGUGCCUUACACUUACAACUUUUCAGGAAACUACAACAUUACACUGACAGCAAACAACUCAGUCAGCAGGAAUCACACCGUUUUACCCAUCACUGUGCUCGCGCCAGUUCGUGGGUUAACAGUCAACGCAAGCCUGAUAAAUGUUCCUCUCAAUGCCUCAGUCCACUUUGAGGCUCAAAUGGUGGAGGGAGAUGAUGUCCGUUUUUCUUGGAUCUUGUGUGACCGAUGUACCUCGAUUCCAGGGUCCCACACCAUGUUCUACACUUUCCGCUCUGUUGGCACUUUUAACAUCAUCGUGACAGCGGAGAAUGACGUAGGAACGGCCCAAGCUAGUAUAUUCCUGUAUGUUCAGCGUGAGCUGGAGGGACUGUUUAUUUUACCCGAAGAGGAGAUGGGAAUAGGUCAGGGCGUCGGAGUGAAUGGUUGUUGCUUUGCUACAAACCGUGUUCUCCACUUUCAUGCAGGCUUAAAAGAAGGAACCAACAUGACUUUUUCUUGGAAUGUCAUCAGAGAGCUCGAUCCUGUCAACUCAAGGUUUAACAUAAGUGGCAAGACUGUGGAGGUGAAUUUCUCCACACCGGGGCCAUGUGAGAUCAUUCUUCGAGCAGCUAACCUCCUCGGCCAGCUGUCUAUCAACAGGACCAUUCACUUCCUAGACCCAGCUGGAGGAGUAUAUCUGCAGAUCAGCAAAAACCCUGUUGCUGUCAAUGCUCCUACUAAUCUGUCAGUGUCCACUUUGGAGGGCUCAGACCUGCAAUACCGCUGGUUUGUUAAUGGAGAUACUCUGCAGUGGAGCGAGCCCUGGAAGACUCACACUUUUCCUAUUCCUGGACUACAUCACGUUACUGUGGAGGUCUACAAUGAAGUUAGUUCUGAGCUUGUGUCUGUGAUGGUCAGCGUCCAGGAAGUCAUCUCUGGGCUUGGGUUUACAGCAAACAAUGUGACAGAGCAAAUUUACAUAGCAACUGGGGCCGCUGUCAUGCUUCAGGGGGAGGUGGUGACAGGAACCAAUGUGACAUGGGCAUGGAUGUUUGAUGGAAACACAAAAACAGGACAGAAAACAUCUGUGGUCUUUCAGGAGCCAAAGACAGCCAUCGCUAUGCUGAAUGCCACCAAUGAUGUCAGUGGACAAGUGGUUUUAAAGGAGUUCUUUGUUCAGGACAAGAUUCAGGGGCUAGAGCUGAAAGCUAGUAAAAAGAUAGCAGUGCUUGGCGAGAAGGUGGAGUUCACCAUUUCUAUGGCAGCAGGCUCAGAUGUUCGCCUGACCCUCAGCAUCAGCGGAGAUGCCACCGUUACCCCACAACUCAACCAAACCUAUGUGCACGUGUUCACCAGGGUAGACACCUACAUGGUGAACCUCACUGCUCACAAUCAGGUAAGUUCUAAGAGGCGACACCUACAGGUUGAGGUGAUGGAGCCUCUACGUGGACUGUCCAUCCAAGGAAGCUGCAUAGCAAUCCCUGUAGGUGUGAAAAGGUUAUUUACAGCCAACAUCCUGACGGGUAAACCUGUUAGCUUUCUCUGGACCUUUGACCUGCACCACUUCCACAAGACCUCACAUAUUGGCAAAGAGGUGGCCUACAUACCAGAAGAAGCAGGUUUAUUAACCAUUUACCUGAGGGCCUUCAAUGCGCUGCAUGCUCAGAACAUCACCAAGCAUAUUCUGGUGCAGAAUCUGCUGACGAAUGCAGUUCUUUAUGCAACACCUCAGGACACUUUGGUUAAUAAGACUAUCACGCUGGUAGCUUUUGUCACACCCAGGUCAAAUCCUGUGGAGUGCUUGUGGGAAUUUAAUGAUGGUUCUUCUCCAGUUCAUACCAACACUACAACCGUGGGUUAUGAGUACAGCGACCCAGGAAACUACAUGGUGCAAGUGAACUGCAGUAAUCUGGUGAGUUGGGUUUUGGCCCAAGUGGAAGUAAACAUCAGCGUCUUGGAGUGCGAGGAGCCAGAGAUUCAGGUGGUUCAAGCCCCCCGUCUCGCCAUCUGGAGAUCUCAGCCCACUUUUGUGGAGGCCACUGUAGACCUAAAAGGCUGUGCAAUCUAUGGGGCACAGUACUUAUGGCAAAUACUCUCAACGCCGUCUUGUGAUAAUGACCCCCUUUUUCCGUUUGGAGUCCUGGCUCAUCCCUCCCAGCCAUUACUUAAUGCAGUCAUUCCCCUACCGGUGGAGGUGGAUGUGCGGCGGCUACAGCUGUCGCUGCCCAAAAUGGCACUGGCUACAGGGAACUACACUUUGGUGUUUUCUUUGUCAUAUGAAGGCGUCCCAUUAAGGAAGGCAGCCUGUUUGCAACUUGGCGUCAUGGCAGCAAGGCUCAUGCCCAUCAUAGAAGGUGGUACCUAUAGGGUGUGGUCGAGGACUCAGGACCUCCAGCUCAGUGCAGAACAGUCCUACGACCCCAAUAUGGACCCUGACAACCAGUCACUACUCCACUACCACUGGGAGUGCCAAAGCACCUCAAAGGGUCCCAAGCACUGCUCCAGCCUAAAUUUUGGCUUGGGCUCCAAUGGUCCCGUACUGGGAAUCUCUGGCGCUGAGUUGGAGGCAGAUGUGGAAUACACUUUCAAACUGGCUAUAAGCAAAGACGGAAUGACCCCAGAAUCCACCACACAAACUGUGCUCGUCCAGAGCGGCCACAUCCCUAUGGUAUAUCUGGAGUGUGUGUCCUGUAGGGCCCAGUCCAUCUACGAAGUCAGCCAGAACUCGUAUGUCUACCUCAAAGGAACCUGCACAAACUGCCAGGGCUUUCAUCGCGGGAGAUGGACUGCUGUAACUUCGCAGAACGAGACCCUGAUCCUGGACUCCUCCUCGACGACAACAGGGAGCGACGGCAUGAAUCUAGUGCUGCGACAGGGUGUCCUUCUCCAUGGAGACUCCUACAUCUUCACCCUGCAUGUAACCGACGACACGCUAGACGACGACGGCGCCGCCUCCAUUACCCUGCACCACAACAUGCCGCCGGCUGGUGGGGAGUGUCACCUGAGAGCGGCAGGGGAGGCGGAAAGGAAUAAUGGUGACGGAGACGGUGGAGGUUGGAGGAUUCGAACACUGCUGGAGAGAGUACACUUCAACUGCUCAGGAUACAGAGAUCGGGGCAUCUCAGAGACACCUUUACUCUACAGUUUGUUGGUGACACGCUGCAGAGAAGACUACUGCGAAGAGUUCUGCGUGUACAAAGGCAGCAGUCCGGAGCAUUCCGCCUUUCUUCCGCCAGGCUUCAGCUCGGCCCGACACCGUGUUGCUGUUUCCAUCACAGUAGAGGACCUUCAGGGUGCAGCAAUAACUGCCCUUAACAAAUCCAUUGAGGUGGAGCUGCCAGAUCCACCAUCUGAGUACACAAGUCUUCCUCACUGGCUGGCAGAGCUGACUGACAGCAAACUGAAACAACUGCUGGAGCAAGGAGACUCCCAACAAGUCAGGCAGUUAUCCUUGGCUCUUAUAACUGUCCUAAAUGAGUACGAGCAGAGCAGGGAAUCUCUCCGGGUGUCCCUCGCUGAGCGCGUCUAUCGAGUCAGAGUCCGCAGCAACAUCACCAGGGCUCUGACAGCACUGGACCUGAAUUCUGUGAAUGACAUUCAGCAAACCUCUGCUGCGCUAGCUCAGUGCACGGCGGUGAGUCGGGAGUUCAUCUGUGAAGAGUGUCAGAACAGCACUCUGAACAAACUUGAGUCCAUGUUAGAGAUUCUACAAAAUGACACCAAGCAGGGAACGGUCACUCCGACUGAGAUAGCCGACAACAUCCUGAACAUCAUGGGUGAUCUGAUCCAUCAAGUCAGCCAGUCAGCGUCUUACUUCCAACCCGCCUAUGUGGAUUCCCCAUCAUUCUUCUCUACCUCCCCAUUGUCCUCUUCUGGUUCAUACCACGGCGGUAUAAUGUUGGACCCCUCCCCUUCCUCCUUGGAGCCACACCCACUGCGAGUGGCAGCCAAAGCCUACAGCUUGUCCUCGGUCCUCAUGUUGAUCCUUAUGCAUGGCCGCGUCCUCAACGAAGAGCCGCUCGUGCUGAGGGGAGCAGAGAUUGCUGCCACAGGAAAACUGGCCGACCCCCAGAGCCUGCUCUGUUACCACGGAAACAGAAGUCCAGAGUGCCAACGGUUCUCCAUCCCCAGAGCGUUUAACAGCAGUCUGGGAAGAGCUGCUGCAGGAAACAGUGUCUUGCAAUUGCUCUUUCAGUUGGAGUCCAACCCCUUCCCCUUCAACUAUGUAGCCAACUACACUGUCUCCACAGAAGUGGCAUCCAUGGAGUUUCGUACUGAAAACGGCACCCAGAUUCCCAUCUCUGGACUGGAUGACAGUCUGGCCAUCACUGUUGCAAUUAACAAUGGAAGUGGAGGAGAGAUCAGCACAGAUGGUUCCAGUGCAGGAGUGCCCACAGCUGGAGCUGUAAACAUAAGCCAGUGUGACUCUGUCAUUGUCAGGGUGACCACAGGGAACACCAACCGACAGGCUGGACUGUUUGUGCAGCUCAACUUCACUUCUUUGGAAGAUGCCAGGGAGACAAUGAAAGGAAACAAAGACUAUGAGGAGCCAUAUAUUGAAGCGUAUCUUCAUUCACACAAACAGCCUAAUGAAUUCAACUGCACGGAAAAAAAACAUAUCACACUCAGUAUGACUCAAGGCCAAGACCUCGAUCACAAGAAAUACACCUUCUUCCUGUCACCUGAGUUGUAUGACACCACCCUGGACUACUUUAUUAACGUAAGCACGCCCUGCAGCUCCACCUCACAGCCUGCUGGCGUUCAUCUUGAGGUGGGGCUGUUUGCUUCGCUGUGCCAGUACUUCAGCGAGAAUGAAAAGCAGUGGCGAACAGAUGGCAUGGUCCCCCUGGCAGAAACGAAUGCCAGCAGAGCCGUUUGCCGCACCAGACACCUCACAGCCUUUGCCGCGGGUCUCUUUGUACCGCUUGAUGCAAUCAGCUUUACAAUACCAGAGCGAUCCGGCCCGCCAAGCUUAGUGGUGCUGCUGGUGUGCGUGUUGGGCUUACUCAGCUACGUUGUUGCUGCUGCCAUCUUGCACAAGUUGGAUCAGUUGGAUUUACGUCGGGCUGGUGUGGUUCCUCUGUGUGGUACCGAUGGACUCUUUAAAUAUGAGGUCCAAGUGAAAACCGGCUGGAAUCGUGGCGCAGGCACAACGGCUCAUGUGGGAAUCAACCUGUAUGGCCGUGAGGGCCGCACCGGACACCGCCAUCUGGACAGUCGGGAAGCCUUUGCACGCAAUGCUCUCGACAUCUUCCAUAUUGCUACAGACACUAGCCUCGGCAGUGUGUGGAAAAUACGGAUUUGGCAUGACAACAAAGGUUUGUCCCCAUCAUGGAUGGUACAGUACGUCUUGGUCAAGGACUUACAAACAGGAAGUAGUUACUACUUCCUGAUUGAAGAGUGGCUGUCAGUAGACAAUGAGAGAACUGAUGGGCGAGUAGAGAUGGCGGUAGAGGCCUCAGAGGAGGCAGCGCUUUGCCAGUUUCCCCGUCUGCUGCAGUGUGAGCUGCAGAGGGCGCUUUGUGAGAGUCACCUGUGGCUGUCGCUGUGGGAGAAGCCCCCUCGCAGUCCCUUCACUCGCUUGCAGAGAGCCACAUGCUGUGCUUUGCUACUGCAGCUCUUUUUGGCCUUCAACACUCUGUGGCACAGCAUUGUGCUUGACAAGAGAUACAGCCCGCAAGCUGUGUCACGGCUAUCUUCACUGAACGGCGAGACUGUAGCAGCAGGCAUGAUGACUUGUCUGAUUGCUUACCCUCUUUACCUCCUCGUCUUCACCUUCUUCAGAAUGAGCCGCAGCAAGUGUGUGUCAGUGGAGAAGGUACCUCCACAAGGAGACCAGGAGUCGGUGGAGAUCGAUGACUUCCUGGAUAACUCCAUGGCUGGGAGUUCUUUCCUCUACUUUGAUGGCGAAACUAACUCAAUGGAAACCAAUGUGGAUUUGCCAACUCCUUCCACCAAAAGCAUGGAGAGUUGGGGCGGGGCAGAAGAGGAGACAGAUGACAAAGAUUGGCCAGAGCUGUUGGGGCAUGUGUCUGUGACAGGAGGGGCGGGGCUUGGGGCUGGUGUGCCGAGGCUGAAGAGGGGCCAGGGAAGCAGGCAUCUUGGUGUUGACAUGACCUUAAAUCCUGGCGACGAUGAUUACCAACGUAAUAAACAUUUUACCUCCUCAGAUGAGGACCUAAUCAAACACAUUCUGACUGAUGGACAAAACUUCUUUCCACAAGCAGAUGAAAGUGAGAUGGCUGACCUGUCGAGCAUUUUAGAAGAUAACACAGAGGUGAUUCUCCUGCAGAAAAUGAAUGAGCCUCUAGAUUAUGUCAGAAGAGAACCCCCGAAAACUGCUUUCUCCUCCAAUACAGUUGUAACAGACGUGUGUCGUCCCAGACGGUUCCCUCCAUGGUGUGGACGCGCUGCCCUGUGGGGGAGCUGGGCAGGGAUCGCCCUGGCAAAUAGUAUAUCCAUAUGGGCGGGACACGGGUUCAAUCAGCAUGUUGCCAUGACAUGGCUCAUCUCUUGUUUUGCCAGCUUCAUGUGCUCCUGUUUCCUGCUGGAGCCAAUAAAAGUGUUGUGUGAGGGCUUUUACUAUGCAGUGUUUGUGUGUCGGCUGCGCCCAGAGGAACAGGAUGUGCUGGUAGAGUUCCCCAUGGUGGAGAGGGUGGUGCAGAGAGUCCACAGGGUGCGACCACCUCAGGGCUAUGCUCUGUCUCAGGACCGGCACCAGGCCCGCAAGGUCCGCAUGCUGCACACGAUGUUGAAGAAUUUCCUGGUUUACAUGUUCUUUUUGCUGGUGGUUCUGCUUCUCAACUAUUCGGACUCGGCCAAAGACACACACAGCCUGAGACUGCAUACUCAGUUACAACAUGUGCUACAUACACCUGAGUACCACAACAUCAGCAGCCGAAAUGAUGUUCUGAUAUGGCUGAACAAAUCGUUGUUACCCCGCCUUCUGAAUGACUCCUCCCUCCUGGGAGACACAGGAAGCGUGUUACUCGGCACACUGAGACUCCGACAAAUCCACCAGACACAAGUUGUGGCUGGUCCCAGAUCAGUGGACAUGUGGGCACAAGGCAGGCCUAGCAUCGCAGAUAAUGAUACUGAGACAAACUGGAUGUGGCGUUUUGGUCAGAAGAGUUCAGCCACUAGCGGCACAGAAUUGGUCCUCCAGCUGAACAGAAGUCUAGAAGAGGCGUCACGCUCCUUGCAGCAGCUACAGCAGCAGCACUGGCUGGACUACAGGAGCCGUGCCCUGUUUGUGGAGUUCUCGCUCUACAACAUCAACACAAAACUCUUGGCAGUCUUCUCUUUUGUCUUCGAGUUCCCAGUUUCUGAGCGUGCUCAGUCUAGCCUUGACCUCAUCGUCAUCACCUUGUGGCCAAUCACAGGGCUGGAUCUGCAGCUCCUUUUAAUGAUUGUCCUUCUUGCCUUGGUGUUAUAUUUCCUGCUCCGAGGGGUUUUGGGUGUCCUCCAAGAGGGCUACACCUACCUGCUGUCCACCUGGAGACUGCUGGGCGUCUGUAAACUUGUGCUGGCUGCAUCUGUGUGUGGCCUGCAUCUUAACCGCUGCGUCGUGGCCCAACAGCAGUGGGCGUCGUACAUCAAGCACCCACGGGACACCUUCACAAACUUCUACCCACUUGCAAAGCAGACUCAGACGUACACCGUCAUGGCGGCCAUGCUUCUUUUUAUACUGGUUCUCAAGGCCUCCCAUCAGUUGCGCUUCCUGCGAGAGUGGGCCGUCUUUGGAAGAGCUCUGCGGCGCUCGGUCUGGGAGUUGCUGGGUGUCGCUCUCGCCUUGCUGCUGAUGUUUUUGGCAUACUCACAUGCAGGACACCUGCUCUACCACUCCGUAUUUGAUGGCUACGGCAGCGUCGGCGCCACCUGUCUGUCCUUGUUGGGGGCCGGUGGGCGUGGCCUGUUGUCGUGGGGACCUUCUCAGUCGCUAACCGGUCCGUCAAGCACCGUCUCGACGUUGGUGUUCCACGCCAGCUUCGCCGUGCUGCGCUUGGUCUUGCUGUGGUUGGUCGCCUCCGUUUUACUGAGGAACUACCGGCGUGGACGUGCCGAGUUGUACCGCCCGGCCGUGGAUCUGCAAGACUACGAGAUGGUGGAGCUGUUCCUCAGGAGACUGAAAAUGUGGAUGGGUCUCAGCAGAGCCAAGGAGUUUCGUCACAAAGUUCGUUUCGAAGGCAUGGAGUUGCCGCCUUCGCGCUCGUCGUCCAGCAGCGACUGCAGGUCUCUGUGCUUGCCGCCGCUGGAGCGUCCCGACUCGCCAUCCACGCCAGACAGCAUCGACGCCGGCUCCGAGGCCUCCUGGUGCCCGGCCUCCUCCAGCCCUUGCAGCCUGACGGAGGCUCCCGGUGUCGGCCCGGGGCUCGGCCUGGGCCUGCGUCUGGGCCCGGGGGCGGUGGUGGUGGGCGGGGCCAGCUGGAAGGAGCGAGCCGAGACGGAGGCCUCGAUGAAGCGGCUGCUCCCCACCUUCGACGCCCUGCUGCAGCAGCUGGAUCGCGUCACCGUGGCAACGGAGGACCUGUUGCACGUGGAGUGUCGACUCGAGCGAGCGCAGAGGAAGGGGAGGCGCGGCAACGGAGGGGAGCGGCGAGGAAAGGCGGGGAAAGACAAGGAAAGGAAGAAGAGCGUCAAAGAAAAGAAGGCGGGCAAGAAGGCUCGGAAAAAGGAUACAAGGGAAGUUGACGCUGCUGCCAAAAACACGCCCAAAGCAGCGGACAAAUCGCCCCCCGUGCCAGCCACUGACCCCUCCCCUUCUCCGCUUGAGUCCAGCACUGUGCCUCCAUGCGCCGAGAGAGAGCCCCUCCCCCCCUCCAGCAUGUUCAACCACCCGGCCCACACCACCACCAUCCCCACGCACAAGCGCAAGCGUAAGCCCCCUCCCCUCAAGAACAAAGUGCACCCCAACUAAAAGUGCGAGAACAUUCCGGGGUUAAGGACGAGAAGAGAGCGGGGGGAGGGGGGGGGACAGCUGGCUCUGUCUCCCACCGCUCCUCUCUAAACCCUCUAAGGCCGUUGUUUGAAUCCCGCCCGGUGCAGGUCACCCGGUGUCUGCACUAAAACCAAUAGGUGGUCUUUUUUUUUAUUUUGUCUUUUGUCCCCCCCCCGCCCUCUGCCAAGCUGAAGACCACCCCCCCCCUCCACCCCACCCCCUGACCUCAAAUGACCCUGGUGGUCACACGAGGUCACUGACAGGAGCACAGUAACGUGUUCACCUGAGGACUAACCGUUUGUUUUUAACCAAAAAAAAAAAGACCUUCUGCAUUUUUGUAAGUGUACUCCAAACCUGGCGCUACUUUUACUACUUUGAGAAGGCUGAUGACAGAUAAACGCACACGCAUGCACACAUCUCGCUUUUUCACCCACAGGGACGAGCAGAUAGAAACAUGGCUACGAAUAUUUAUAAAAAAAAAACCUCCUUGGGGAAAAAACUCACAGAGACGAGUCGUCUUAUAUUCAGCAUAUACAGAUUUAUACACGCAAACAGGUCAGAGGCUUUCUUCCUGUCACUCACACACACCAGAUAGACACCUACUGUAAAAAAAAGUGUCUCAAACUAUAUGAUUUUAAGCUAACGUACAGUAGAUCCUUGCACAUUCACAAUUGUUAUCAUUACAAAUCUCAGUAGUCACUUACAAAUAUAUGCUAUUAAAUGACGUAAGCAUAGGACAUAAUAAUGCAACAAGCUUCAUUAGGACAGGAAAUGGUCAAAUUUUAACUUGGAAUUCCCGGGCUAUAGAGCACAGCGGUAUUUAAGCCACACCCAGCAAAUUUUAGAAGAAAUAAAUAUAUUUGUACAUAUUAGCCAGACACGGCAGUAAAACGGCUGAUAAACAAAACAGAAGUCAUCGUCAUGGACCCACAAGCUGCGGAAGCUAGCUCUCCAAUCAGCUGAACAGACUCAAUAACUCCACGGUGACGUUUUGGUGAAUUUACGGAACUGAAACAAAUACCAAAAGAAUGCCAUUGUAAACAUGUUAGCAUAUUUGCUAACGCUAACGACGCUAGCUUGAUUACAUUACUAUAGCACGUACAAAUAUGCAUGAAAACACUCCUACAGACAUCACACACAGGACGGUUUAGUAAGUAUGAAUAGUUUUAGGUAUAUUGUAAAACUUACAAACGCUGCUUGUUAGAGGUGGGAAUCUUUGGGCAGCUCACAAUUCGAUGAAAAAUGGAUUAUCGGUGCAUCUCUUAUGUAUGUAUAUUGAUGAUGUUUUACAUUUUCUUUUCGUUUCACUAAAUAUCACUUGCAAUUUUCCAAAAAAAGUGCAUUUUGUAAUAAGUAACAGUUUUCCCACAUUUAUUCAAUUAAUGGAAAUGUGUGCAAAACUGAAACAUAAGUUCCCAAUAAUUAAGGAGCUGGUCGGCUCUCUCGGUGAGGUGGCUCGUUGCAGUCAGACACAUUUUAUUUACAAUAAAUACAUCAAUUAUUGACGUUUACUAGUCAAUGUUAUAAUCGUCCAUGUCGGAAUUGCGAUGCAUCUAAAAAUCGAUUAUUUCCUCCACCUAUAUUGCUUCUAGUGACGAAUGAAGAAUCCAUUUCGGGUUGUACUUCCGGUUCAAGGCACGGAACAGAAAGUACAUUUUCAACCCACCUGCAAAAAGAUGGCGCCGUAGCACAAACAAUAACACACAUUUUCCGUGCCUCUGUCGGUGUGAACUAUAAGUUGAGUACAAAACAUUACGGCCGUUAGCGAAGAAAAAUCCAUAAAUUAUCUGCACCGUUUUAUAAGCUGCAGGGUUCAAAGCGUUGGGAAAAAAGUAACUGCUUAUAGUCAACUCAAACUACUAUCUCACUCACUGUGUGGUCAUAAAAACACAAACAAGACGUGCUGGAAAAGUCUACCUUGCAGGGAUCUACUGUACGUCAAUGAAGCAAUAACCUUUUUGUUUUCGUUGUUAUUGAAAACAUUUUCCAAACAUAUCAGUUCUGUCUUGGUCCUGGAAAAGAAAGGCCGUCUUAUAUUCGGGUCAAUUUGGUACGUUUGAGAUGAAGAGAAGCAAUGUGCUGAUUUGAAGGGAAACAUGUAUGAGUUUUGAAUGGGGAAAAAAGGAAAAUGAAUGCAAGUUGUUGAUCCAAAUGAAGGAAGGAAGAAGGAUGCUAUAGUGUACAUGUUCAUAUUUACACGCUUUAUUGACUAUUUUGUUUAUUGUGUUCAUGAGUUGUGAUGUAAACGCACUUUUAUUCUAUUAUUCAUUCUUUUGAAUGCCAGUGUUGUUGUUUUGUGAGCUAAUAAGUUUGGUAUGCCAUCUAACAGAGCAGCAGGGACUUUCAAAGUAAGGCACCGACUACAGUAGGGAAGGGAUUCAUACGGCCCCAUUCCUGGGCUCCUGGUUAAUCGUUUUGCAAUGCAGUCUGCCGAAAAUGACGGAAAGCGCCACACUACAUAGUAACUGGCGCUGUGGUCAAAGUUGGAGUUGCCGCAGAACACACUUUAAAGAUAUUCAACACUCUAUUGCUCGAUAGUGCACCCCCCCCAAUUUGUCACGGUUCACGUGUCAGGUAACCUGUGACGGAUGGGGCCUUUUGAGUCCCCCUUCCUACUGUACUACACUUCAAAAAUACAAAAAAUAUGUGAAGCCAAUUUCAGUAAAAUUUAAAGGCUAAAUGAUGUGAUUCAGCAAAAAACGCCACAAAAAAUUAUCCAGAAAAUAAUUUUAGUAGUAGUGAUUCCUUUUACUGACUCUAGUUUUAAUUAGUGAAUCGGGUAGUCGAGUCACAGAGAGACGGAAACUUGUUUUGUCAAGCCUUUGAUGCAGGAAAAGGACAAAACAAGUGAGUUAAUUUCAUUUAAGUUCAUUUAAGGCUGUAUUAGUCUUUGUUGUAUUCAUCUCGCAGUAGCAGUGGUCAGUAAGUGAACGAGUCGUCUGAAAUGAACGACUCGGUCACGACUCGCCCAGACUUUGAAAGUCCUGCAAUAAAGAAGCUCCACUUCUUACUGAAGCUUCUCUAUAAACAUUACCAACGUCCUCCAUGUGUUUUCUACUGAGCACUUUAUUUCCUAACAUCCAAGGCCAUAUUUAACUGUCUUUAUAAAAACGAGUAUUAACAAGGUGGUUUAGAAAUGUCUUGUUUCGAUCGACGUUCGUAAUUUUGUGUCCAGCGGGCAAAAUCUCAGGGAACAAACUGACCCUUUCCUCUAAACUAUUUUGUUUACUCACAUAAUGAAUUUUAUAUGAUAUUCUGUUGUAAAUGUUCUCCAAAGAGAAUGAGUGAUUGUUGACACCAUAAAUAUUCUUCGCACUUAUUUUCUGCCAAAUCUCAUAAUUUACAUGAUUUCCAGAACCAAAGAGAGACAAAAUGCAUCGUGUGUAUAUUUGUGUAUCUUUAGUGGUGUAUAUAUUUCUUUUGCUAUUCAUGAUCAAAGUGUUUGUCUUUUAGCCAUAUAUGGUCAGUGUCGUCCCACACUUCCUGUCUAACUAAAGCGUUGCGACUAAGCUAAAUAUGUAUUUAAUCGUGAUGUUUGCUUUGUGUGACGUCCACAGAAUGUUACAACGUCACACAUAGGGCUGCAACUAACAACUAAUUUGAUAAUCGAUCAAUCUGUUGAUUAUUAAUUCGAUUAAUCGAUUAAUAAUCGGAUAAAAGAGACAAACUUCAUUUCUAUCCUUUCCAGUAUUUUAUUGGAAAAAAAACAGCAUACUGGCACCAUACUUAUUUUGAUUAUUGUUUCUCAGCUGUUUGUAAAUGUUGCCGUUUAUAAAUAAUAAUUUUUAUAAUCGAUUUAAUCGAUUAGUUGUUGCAGCCCUAGUCACACUCCACAUCUGUCAUCCUUGUGUUGCAGUCUUCUUGCUUUUGCACUUGACAAUGUUGAAUAAACGGCUCAACAUUAAAUGAAUCAUUUUUCUC